CUUUUUUUACCCCCCUCCAUCUAUUUCAAACCACGAGGUUUUUCCAAAUUUUUCGCAUUUCUCUCCUUUUCGUAAAUUUCAAAAUUUUUAAUUUAGAAAAAAAAGAAAAAUUCGUUUCUUUUAAUUUUCAAUUUUUUUUUUGUUAUUAUACCUUGUUCGUAAUUUUUUUUAAAGAAUGUGAAAAUUUCGUUUCUUUUGAAAAACAAGAAUGUCUGAGAAAAGUGAUAAAAAAAAAGUUCAAUUGGAAAUUUUGCAUAUUUUUUGUUUGAAUAAAGAAAAAUAAAAAAAAAAGUGUUUCGUGAUGAUUGGAUCGUCAAACAGUGUGUCACAAUCGUUUUUAAAGAGUAAUUUAAUUAUUAAUUUGUAUGUUAAUUAUGUAAGAAAUUUGGUAGCAGUGCGUUAAAAAGUGUUUUUUCGAAAGUGCGAGUGUUUUAAAAAUAAAUGAAAAAAAAAGUCAUGGCCACCAGGACGAGAAUUCUGGUUUUUUUGUUUCUUGUUAUUUUUAUGGAAAAUGCCAUCGCUUCCCGGGGAGUACGAUUAAAACAUGGACAAUUUGGAGUGAGCAUGAGUCUAAAGAAUGGAGGACUGUUUCCGUCGACCUUCAAUGUGGCGGCGAAAGCGGAUAUUUACGUGAAUGCAACCUGUGGCGAGGAUGCACCUGAGACAUUUUGCAAACCAUCGGAAUUUCUCAGGUGCGCUGUCUGUGAUUCCCGAAGUCCCGAUCCAGGAAAAAGGCACAAUAUUAGCCAUGUUUUGGAUUCAAAUCCUGCAAGAUGGUGGCAGAGUCCUUCACUUCAUAGGGGCGAGCGCUUUGAAUUCGUCACUAUUAUUCUCGACUUAAGACAAGUUUACCAGAUCGAGUAUGUGAUACUGAAAGCGGCGAAUUCCCCACGACCGUCAGCAUGGAUUCUGGAGAAAUCACUGGAUGGUGAAAAUUUUCAACCCUGGCAAUAUUAUGCGCCAAGUGACGCGGAAUGUUGGACGAGGUACUCGGUGGCCCCUGUCGCUGGCAAACCUACAUACACGAGGGACGACGAGGUCAUAUGCACGAGCUUUUACUCCAGGAAAACACCCAUGGAAAAUGGCGAGAUUCACACACAUCUUGUUAAUGGACGACCUGGGGCUGUAAAUCACAGUGAAUUAAUCCAAAAAUUCACGCAAGCGAGAUUUGUGAGAAUUCGCCUACAAAGUUUAAGACGUAAUGGCGACACUAUUGCCGAUAAACGAAGGGCAUUCUAUUCAAUCAAGGAAAUUAAUAUCGGUGGACGUUGCAUUUGUUCGGGUCACGCGUCGAGAUGUCGUUUCAGCGUUCAUCAUGGGCAUCAAGAUUGUGAGUGCGAACGACACACGUGCGGCGAGCAGUGCGAAAAAUGUUGUCCAAUGUACAAUCAAUUUGCAUGGAAGUCGGGAAAUUUUGGUAAAGGAUUUCACUGUGAAAAAUGUAAUUGCCAUGGCCACGCGACCUCCUGUCGAUAUGAUGCCGAAGUGGAGGAGCAGAAUCUUUCAAUGGACGUUCGUGGAAAGUACAAGGGUGGAGGUGUCUGUCUAAACUGUACUGAACACACAACAGGAAUAAAUUGCGAGAAAUGUGAGAUGGGCUAUUAUAGACCCAGUGGGAUUUUACCAGAUGCUCUUGAACCCUGUGUACCCUGCGAUUGUGAUGCCAUUGGAGGUACUGGUUAUUGCAUUCCGGAUGAUUCAUUCUCGCACAUGGGAAAGGUAGCAGGUACCUGCGAGUGCAAGAAAGGCUUUUCUGGCUUCAGAUGUGAUCAGUGCGCAACAGGUUAUCGUCACUAUCCAAAUUGCUCGCCCUGUCCAUGCGAUGAAAGGGGGUCUUUGCUAUCGGAUAAUUGCGAGGGCGAUUGUAUUUGCAAGACAAAUGUUUCCGGCAAACAUUGCGAUCAAUGUAAAUUGGGAUUUUUUGCUCUCGAAAAAAAUAAUAUCAAUGGAUGUUCACCAUGUUUUUGCUCUGGAAUCGCUCAGGAAUGCCAUUCUGCGAAAAUGACUUUCAAAACGGUGUCAACAAUGAACGAUUGGCAAGUGAGCGAUAUCAGUGGUUCGAGAAUUGUGAGUCCAACUCUUGAUGUGGAUCGCGGUUGGUUAACGAUAGCGGCUUUUGAAGUUGAUUACGAGAGUCCAUUUUGGCUUGCGCCCAAAAUUUACACCGGAAAUCGUUUGUCCUCGUACGGGAGUAAUUUCACAUUUUCUGUCACUUGGGUUGUCAUGCGUGGUGACACCAGCGGUGUUCCGACCAUCCAACCGAAUCUUCUACUUAUCGGAAGAAAUAAAAUGAGAAUCGCCUAUGGAGAGGAAAGAUACACUAAUCAAGAUGCUGUAAUCACGGUUCCAUUAAUUGAACAAGGCUGGCAUCACGUUCCUGAUUUGAUAAACGAUUUGGACACAAGAUCAUGGACAAUGGAUUAUAAAGAAAAAGCCGUGACGAAAAAUGAAAUGUUGAGCGUUUUGGCUGAUGUGAAGUAUAUUUUAGUCAGGGCGCAGUAUCACUCGGAACAAAUUGAAGGAAGUAUAGUAUCGGCUCAAUUGCAAGUGGGAGAGAUGACGAAGAAUUUUGAUGAAAAGGAAAGUCUGGUGGAAAUUUGCAAGUGUCCGAAGGGAUAUACAGGAUUGUCUUGUGAAAAAUGCGAAUGGGGUUACGUUAAGGCAAGUGGUAACGAUUCGUACGAGGGAAGUCGACACGAAUGUAUAAAAUGCGAUUGCAAUGGACAUUCGUCUUCUUGUGAUGCUUUAAUUAGCGAAUGUCAUAAAUGUGAACACAAUACAGUUGGUCCAAGAUGUGACAGAUGUGCCCUAGGUUUUUAUGGAGAUGCAACUAAAGGAACUCCUGAUGAUUGUAAAAAAUGCGCAUGUCCUCUUUCCGCUCCUUCGAAUAAUUUUAGUCCUAAUUGUCAACUCGAGGAUCCUAGUGACUUUACUAGUGGUUACGUUUGCACCCAAUGUCCCACUGGAUACACAGGAGAUCACUGCGAAAGUUGCGAUGUUGGAUAUUAUGGAAAUCCACUAGUUCUCGGUGGUAGUUGUAAGCAGUGUCUUUGCGGUGGUGGUUCUUGCGAUCAGGAAACGGGACGUUGCCUAGAGUGUAUUGGUAAUACGGAGGGUUGGAACUGCGAAAAGUGCAAAGCAGCACAUUAUGGUGAACCUGGGGAGCGAAAUUGUAUGCCCUGUAAGUGCGACCCUGUUGGUAGCAACUCCGAUCUCUGUGAUAUGAAAACGGGCCAAUGCUCCUGUAAAUCCUUGUUCGAUGGACGAGAUUGCUCCUUUUGUAUCGAGGGUCAUGGAAACGUCACUGCCGGCUGCUUGGAGUGCGACUGCGAUUUCGGCUCUAUCGAUGGACGCUGCGAUGCAAUAACAGGUGAAUGCGACUGUAAACCCGGUGUCUCUGGAAUCCGCUGCAAUCAGUGUCAACCCGAUCAUUAUGGACUAUCCGAAAUGGGCUGCACGAGUUGUCGAUGCAGUAAUAUUGGCUCAACUUCUUCGGGUUGCGAUUUGCUAACUGGUCAAUGUUUAUGUAAAUCUUUCGUCAUUGGCCGACAAUGUGAUCGUUGUCAGAACGAUCAUUGGGGCUUGUCGAGUGGCGCAGGAUGUUCGCCCUGUGGAUGCGAUCCACUAGGAUCUCUAGACGGUUCGUGUGACGAUAUUUCUGGAUUUUGUCACUGCAAACCUGGAGUUGCAGGUCCAAAGUGUGAUAAUUGUCUGCCAAGAUUCUAUGGAUUCUCCGAAAGCGGUUGUCUCGAGUGCGACCCGUGCGACCUGGUGGGUCACAUAUGCGAUCCGGACACGGGCCGCUGUGUGUGCCCGCCGCUGACCCUGGGAGAGAACUGCGACCGCUGCAGACCGGGCGCCUACGACCUGCAGGCGGGAGUGGGCUGCAAGUCCUGCGCCUGCACGCCGGGCUCCUCCAGGUCGCAGUGCUCGCCCAGCGGACAGUGCCCCUGCAGGGACGGCUUCGAUGGCCGGAGGUGCGAGCGCUGCGCCCGGGGCUACUUCGGCUACCCCAAGUGUCGACCCUGCAACUGCAAUCACGACGGGACGCUUCCCUGUCCCAAUGAGUCCGGUGUCUGCGAUUGCGACUCGGCUGGACAGUGUCCUUGCAAGGAGAAUGCCGUUGGUCGAAGAUGCGAUCAGUGCACUGAGGGGACGUUCGGUCUUGCGGCCGAUAAUCCAAAUGGAUGCACGGAGUGCUUUUGCUUCGGGAGAUCGACACUUUGUCGACAAGCUGGUCUCAGUUGGGGACAAAGGAGAUUACAGCGACCGAGAGUUUUGUACAUCAAUGAUACUGUCAAUGAUAUCGUCGUUUCAAAUUAUGGUUCACCUUUUAUUUUACCAACGUUUUAUCGAGGUUUGAACAAAACAAAUGGAUUGACAGUGAUACCGGAAACCGAUGGCGACGUUACGUUUCCCUCGAAUCUCAGGCCUGAAUAUCCACUUUAUUGGCAAUUGCCAAAAGCAUUUUUAGGUGAUAAGGUGGUCUCAUACGGUGGCUUCUUGCGAUUUACGACUGCGGUUUCCGACGAUGGCUACCCUCUGCCUUCAAUCUAUCGAUAUCCUCUCGUUCAAAUUCAGGGCAACAAUAAAAUCAUUCUCGAGCAUUAUCAUCAUUUGCAAGAUGAUAAUAAUAAUGAUAAUAAUUACUACGAAGUCAGAUUUCAUGAAUCUUUGUGGCAGCUGCAAAAUCGACCGGAUUUCAAAGUAACGCGAGAAAUGUUGAUGGUCGCUCUUCAGAAUCUACAGAACAUUCUUCUAAGAGCUUCGGAUUAUACCGAUUUUUCCAUGGUGGCGUUGUUGCAAGCAUCGAUGGACGCGGCGGUGCUGACACCCACUCAUUCUCCGCCCCUCGCGACUGGCAUCGAGAUUUGCGAAUGUCCACCCGAGUACAAUAGCACCUCGUGCCAGGACCCAAGUAUCGGCUUCUACCGAUGGCACGACGACAAAAACAACAGCAACAACAACAACAUGACAACUGCCAUUUCCACUAUUGUCAUCGAUCUUGUCGGGAAAGCGCGUCGCUGCCAAUGUAGCGGAAGAUCCGAAAUUUGCCACAUUGAAACCGGAUAUUGUUUGGAUUGCAGAGAAAAUACAGCCGGACCGAAUUGCAACGUUUGUGCCGAGAGUUACCACGGCGAUCCGAAUUUCGGUGGUUGUAAAGCUUGCCCCUGUCCUCAAUACGAUAAGAAAUUCUCAACCGGCUGCAAAGUUUUGGACAAUAACGACGUUGUGUGUCGCUGCAAAUACGGCUACACUGGUCCUCGAUGCGAGAGAUGUUCCUACGGCUAUUACGGAUUUCCGAACAUUCCUGGCGGCAGUUGCACCGCCUGUAAUUGUAAUCCGGCCGGAAGUGCGAGCGACGAAUGCGAUCAGGAAACUGGUCAGUGUAAUUGUAAGCCAGGAUCAACGGGAAGAGAUUGCUCCGAAUGUACAACCUAUCGACACGUUUUCAUCGACGAUGUCUGUACAUCCUGCAACGAUAAUUGCACGGGACUAUUGCUGGAUGAUCUGGAAUUAUUAACCAAUAAAUUGGAAUCAGAGACGGAGCAUAUUUCCAGUGGUCAGAUUCCUGCACCGUGGGAACAGCUUUUCUACAUCGACUCAAAUAUAACAAUAUUUUCCAAAGAUUUAGAUCAAAGGACGGAACUAGAGGAGAAAUUGGAAACAAUUCCACUUCAGGAUUUUAAAAAGUUGUUGAGGAAUUCGGAGAAAUCGUUGAACAAAGCUAUGAAUCAGGAGAACGAGGCAAGAAUAAUGAAGACAAAAAGUGAUGAACUAGAAAAAAAUGUCACCGAUCUUAGACAUCAAUUUGAGGAAAAUAAAAAGAAGAUAAAAGAUACGAUUUUGGAAUUGAUUCAAUAUGGAAAUGAAAAUAAAAAGGUCCGUCUAGAGCAAGCACUACAAGAGGCGAAUUCGAUUCUGAAUAAUAUGAAAACGAUUGACUUUCCCGACAAGACGAAAGUUCUGGAUAAUUUGAUUGAGGAGUUUGCAGAUUACAUUGAAUGGCUAAAUUCUCUCUACGAUCCGAGUGCGGACGUUGAAAAAACAAGAAAGGAAACAGAAAAAUAUUCGGAAAAAUUGAAAGAUUUAAAAGAAAAUAUAGAAAAAUUAAUGGAGACAUUUUUCACCUACGAUGGAAUUUACACCGAAUUGAAUAAGACUUAUUCCGAAAUCGAUAAGAAUCGUAAUCAAAUAAAUAAUUUCAAUUCGGAAAUUAACGAAUGGAUCAAAGACGGAAGGGAAUUAAUCGAGGAAUCAGAGGGAUGUUUAAUUGACGCUCAAAAUAAUUUUCAGGAUUUUCCGAAAAUGCAGAAAAAAUUGAAUGAAUUGACGGAGAAUUUGAAGGACAAGGAAGAAAUACUUUAUAGACUGAAUUUCGAGUAUCAGAAUAAAUUUGUACUUCCAGCCGUUGAACACGCCAGAAAUCUUUCGGACUACGCUGAUCGUUAUGUCGAUCUAUUUUCAGAGACACGAAAUCAAGCUGCAAAUCCACUGAAAGCAAGUCAAGCUUACAAAAAUAUUUACGAUAGUUUGCAAAAUGCCGACAACGCCGCGAGGGACACGAAUAAAAUUGCCGACGAUGUUUACGAAAAAAUUUAUCCAAAUGGACCGGAAACAAAGACUUUAAUUGACGUGACAGGAGAAAUGCUACAAAUAUCAACGCAGCAAUUGAAUAAAGUUAAAGAAUACGUCGUGCCUCUGUCGAAGUCAAGACAAAGUGUCGAAAUGCAAAAGCAAUCUGUCACUGAAUUAAAAAAUUCACUAAAUAACACUGGAAAUAAGGACAAUGAGAUAAAUAUUAAACUUCGAGAAUUGCAAAAUUCGAGGAAAACGCUGCACGAGGAUUUGCAAUUAAUUUUGAAUAAAAAUGAAGAUAUUGUGGAGAAGAUUCAAGAGACGAGGAGAAUAGUCGAUGAUUACAAGGAAGGAAUUGCCAACGGUCUGAGACCAAAAUUACACGAAUUAAAACGCGAGGGCGAUUCGAAAAUUAGUCUUGCCAGUGAACAAUUGACGGAGGCGCAAAACAAUAUUAAAAGAGCGGACGAAAAACUUUUGAGUUUAGCAACAGCUUCGGCAAAACGACAAAUGGAAUUUGAUAAAUGGAACGGAACGCUUGCCGAGAAAUUGCAAAAGUUGAAGAAUAAAAUUGUCGAAGCUAAAAAUUCCGCUCAUGGGAUUCGCAUUUCUCUGAAAUCGGCGGACGGCAAAAAAUGUAUCAGAUCUUAUAGGCCAGGAUUUUUGCAACCGUCGUCAACAACAACAAUAGUCAUGACAUUUGCCGUUGCAAAAAAUAGAAAAGAAGGUUCAUUAUUUUAUCUUCCCAGUGGAAUAAAUGAUGACUUUAUGGCACUGGAAAUGAUCGAUAGAAAAAUUAGAUUCAUUUGGAAUGUUGGAGGCGGAACCGGGUUUGUCACUCAUCCGGAAAUUUUGGAAAGCGGCGAUUUUUCUGAGGAUAAUUUUUGGUAUCGAAUUGAAGCUGAAAGAACAAGAAAUGUGGGAAAAUUAAACGUCCACAAGCAAAUAUCAAUGAGUGGAAAUUAUUUGGCGCAAGUGAAUUCAACGAGUGUGGAAUUUGGUCGUUUCGACGUAUUGGCCACGGACAGAGUUUGGUUGGGCGGCGUUCCUGAAUCACAGCGACGACCUAGUGAAUUAUUAGCGACCAAUGGACUUCCCGGUUGUCUUCAUCAAGUAAUUCUCGAUGGACAGAUUAUUGGUCUUUGGAAUUUUGUCUCGACUGCUCCCGAUAUGGCUUGUCAAGCCUGCGUCGAAGGAGUUGAAGAUCCACGAGACGACAUUGCCUAUAGUUUCAAUGGCGAAGGUUACGCAAUGAGAAAUCGUGUCACUUCCGGACCUUACAAUAAAUAUACUUUCGGAAUUUCCCUAAGUUUUAGAACUUUCGAUGAAAAUGCACUUCUUUUCCUGGCCAUCAAUCCAAAGAACAAUCAGCACGUGAUGAUUUUCCUUCGCGAAGGACGCGUAUUUCUGCACAUUGGCUACGGUGGGAAUGUGAGCAUGGAAAUGUACUCGAAUCACAAGUACAACAAUGGAAAUUGGACGAAGGUCGAUGCAUUCAGGCAGUAUCAGUCGCGGAAGAAUAUUGAAAAGUGUAUUCUGAGCGUUGGCGGCGAUAAUGACAAGAAAUUAGUGGUACCAACGCCGCAGCCGAGGAAGGAGGACAUUCCCGAUUUUGAGGAGGCGAAAUACUACAUUGGCGGUGUGCCGCCAAGUUUUCGUAAUGAGGAUUUAAUUCUACCAAGGCCCGUUUCAUUUCUCGGCUGCAUGUCGAAUAUCGUCGUUCAAGAGGGCUACGAUCCACUGGCGGAAAAAUAUUACGGCGUCGAGCCGAGCUGCGGCACUAGGCCGCUGAGAAUCGUCGGCUUCUACGGAGACGGUUACUUGGAACAUUCAGCAAUUAGUCUUAAGAAAAUAUCGUCGACGAUAAGUUUUUCGUUUAGAACGUUACAAAAGGAAGCAAUGAUUUUAUUGUCUACAUUCCAAGGUCAAGAAGACAGAGUUUCGCAUAGUACAAACGAUUCAAGUGAUAAUUACUAUUCGGUGGUGAUAAAGGAAGGAUAUAUUCAAGUACGAUUGAAUGGCGGCAAAGGCGAGUGUGUCGUUCGAUCGAACGAAACCUACAACGAUGGGAAAUAUCAUUCGGUAGUUAUUAGCAAAAGACGAAAGGAAAUAGAAUUAAGAGUCGACGAUUCAUAUCAGGGCAGUGGAAAACUUCCCACUGGAACUGCAAUUAAAGCGCCGGACUCAAACGGAGGUCUUUACAUCGGAGGACUUCCGGCUUUGAUAAAUAACACGAAAAUGGUUUCCACCGCGGUUCCACUUUACGGUGCAAUUAAAGACGUCUUGAUCAAUGAAGAACUCCUUCGAUUCGAGGAAGUGGUGAAUUUCGACCACGCUCAAAUUGGAAGAAACGGUCCAAACAUGGGAAAGGAUCCUCCAAUUUACGUGCCGUCGGCGUCACUCUCAAGGGGCAUGUCCACCCAGCCGGAGGGUUGCCAAAAAGUGCCCUAUUAUUCCCUAGAACCUGGGGCACUCAAAUUUGGCGACAAGCCCCACAGUCACACGCAAUUCUACAUUGCAAUUAAAAAAUUCUGGGAGAAAAAGUACGCGAUCGAAUUUGAUUUCCGAACGUAUUAUCCAAACGGAAUUCUCUUCAUUACUCCCGGAAUAAAACAAAAGCCCUACCUAAUGGUGAUUCUACGCGACGGACAAUUGUCGCUACAAAUAAAAGCGCGACACAAAAAGGAAAUUCUAUUCAAAUCGCCGCUGAACGAUGGAAAUUGGCAUCACGUUGUAAUUCGUCACGAGGAGAGAAAAUUAACGCUGAUUGUCGAUUCACAAACGCCGAGGACGAUAAAGAUCCCGAAGAAAAUUGGUUUAGCUUCGAUGAUGUACAUUGGCGGUCUGCCGGAGAGUGGAACUCCAUUGCCCGAGCAGGCGGUCGCCAAAUUGGAAACACUGAAGGGUUGCAUUCGCGGUUUGCGCUUGAAUGGCAAUAUUUUCGAUAUGGUGGGAUCCACGAGUCGAGCUUACAACGUCGGACAGUGUUUUCCGAAUGUUGAGAGCGGCGCUUAUUUUCAGGACGAAGCGUAUGCGAUUUACAAAAAAGACUUCGAACUCGAGGGCAGUUUAGAACUAGAAUUAGAAUUCAAGACAUCGGAACUUUCCGGCGUUUUACUCUCGAUAACAGCUCCAAGUGGCUCUCCGUCGAUGAGCUUGGAACUCAAUAAUGGAAAAGUGGUGAUGUCGGCGGACCUGGGGGACAAUAAUCCACUUUACGUGGAGCAACGCUUCUCAAGUCCGUACACAGUUUGCGACAAUAGGUGGCACAAAAUUCAAGCUGUUUAUAAUGACGAGGAAUUAACUCUCAAAGUUGAUGAAUUAGAUCAAAAAUACGGUCUCCCUGCGAAUGUUAAUUAUCAUUUUCUCGAUGACGCGGCUGCCAGUCCUCUUUAUAUCGGAGGAUUGCCGGUUUCAACGCCAAAGGGAACGCUAAUGACACGCGACCACUUCAACGGCUGCAUAAGGAACGUGAUGAUCGGAGGCGAGCGAAGAGAUUGGACGGACAUGACCGAAUUGCACAAUAUUCAUCUGAGUUCGUGUCCAGUUCAGUAGUGAAAAGAGGACACAACAGAAAAUACAAUUCUUCUUUUAAGAGAAAGAAAAAAAAAGAAAAAAGUUUCCAAAGAUUGCACUUCGGUAAUGAUUCAAUCGAUUAUUGAAAUAGUGCCAUAAAAAAAAACAUUAACGUCCGAAAAUAAUAAUAGAAUCUACAUAUUUUACAUAAGACUAAACGAAGCCAAAAGAAGCUAAAUCGUAUUGUUUUCUAUUUUUUUUUUGUUUUUUUUUAAAUAAAUAAAUCAAGAAAGAAAGAAAGAAAGAAAAACGGGUGGAAAUAAGAAAAGGUUCUAUUGGUGUGAAAAAAAGAGAAUUAUUAUUAUUAUUAUUGUAAAUUAGCGAGACCACUGCCAUAGGUACAUGUAUAUAUUUAAAUAUUAUAUGCCACAUUAACCUUAAUUUAUAUAAAUAUACAUAAAGAAAAAAAGGGUCUGCGAAUGUCUCGGGAAAAAUUGUCGAUUUGGAUUUUUGUUGGUCCGAAUUUUAUUUUAUUUUUGUUCUGUAUUUUUUAUUUUGGUUUUUUAUUUUUAAUUCGUUUCCGUAUUUUACUUAAUUUUUUUUUUAUUUUGUAUUUUUAUU